UCCCGUUUCAUAAACCUAGCCUCAGGUUUUGUGAGUGUGCUGUGUUUUUUAAAGAAGGCAUUUGGGAAACUUUAGCAUCCAGUGUGUAGCCUCAGCCUGCAUCCUUCUCUCUAAUCCAUCAUGCUGCAAGUGCUCCUGCUGUUGCUCUUGUGCCUUGGGAAUCAGCUGGGCCCCAGUAGGGGCUGUCAGCUGCCAUCAGACUGGAGACCCCUGAGUGAAAGCUGCAGGGCUGAGCUGGCAGAAAUCAUUGUCUAUGCCAAAGUCUUGGCAUUACACCAGGAUAUGUACAGCAUGUACAACUACUUGCCCUGGCAAUAUGAAGCUACAGAGGGAGGGCUUUUUUACUCAGCCGAGAUUGAGAUGCUGUGUGAUCAGGCUUGGGGAAGCAUGCUUGAAGUCCCAGCGGGAUCCAGGCUAAACCUGACAGGUCUGGGUUAUUUCUCCUGCCACUCUCACACAGUCAUGCAGGAUUACUCCUACUUCUUCUUCCUCAGAAUGGAUGAGAAUUAUAACCUUCUUCCACAUGGAGUAAAUUUCCAAGAUGCAAUAUUUCCAGACACCCAGGAAAACAGACGGAUGUUUUCCAGCCUCUUCCAGUUUUCCAACUGCACUCAAGGGCAGCAUGCCAUAGCCUUCUCUAGUGAUUGGGAGAUACAAGAGGACAACAGGCUCCUGUGCUCUUCAAUCCAGAAAGCCUUGUUUGAUGAGGAAGACCACGUGAAGAAGCUCCAGCAAAAGUUGGCAAGUCUGGAGAAGCGCAACAAACAGCUGCGAGACCGAGUAAAGAAAGUCAAGCGGUCGCUCAGGCAAGCCAGAAAGAAAACCAGACACAUAGAGCUGAUCAACCGAAAGCUCAGUGAGAAGCUGUCCUCUGUAGGAGGCCAGAUCCCUUACAUGAACUCCUUCAAGCAAAUAAACUCUCAUGCCACCUACCUUAAAGUAUAAAGCCAGGUUUGGUACUGUAGGCAAUGAUGCUGGUGACUUCACAGCGUACGCCUCUCCUCUUUUUUUAUAGCUUGCAGGCCAGAAGGGACACUAUGAGUUCAAGACCCUUGGCUGUCACUGUGCUAGGCUUUUGAAUCUGAAGUGGAUACACAGACAUGUAUUUAAAUUCUGCAUAAACAUGGUUCCAAAAAGUCCAAAUGUCAUGUUCCUUUACCCCCAAUAAUAAGGGCAGGAAUAAACAGCAAGCCUGUUUAAAAAGUUCCAGUUGAGACAAAUUAGGAAUGGUUUUUAUGAGCAGAUAUGAAAGCUGCUUGAAUCUGAGGACCCUGUGAAUGGUCUGGACUCAGUGUUAAAGUGUUGCUUCCUUUAGGUUUGGGCCUGAUCAGUGCCUGGAUGAGAGACCCCCAAGGGGCUGCAUGGAAGCUAGUCUGAGCCUCCCAAGAAGAGCAGGAUGUAAAUGGCAAAAAAGAGAAAGAAAAACAAUGUACACUCUGUCCUGACGAUGUUGAUACAAGUCUCACCACGAAUACAGUGAUUUCAGUAAGAUCUAGAAGAGGCCAAUGCUAAGUGUUACAAUCUGGUUUCCAACCAAAGAUGCCACCUGGUCUGGGAGAUUUUAAAUAGGCCCUAAAAUGUUUUUUUAAAAAAAUAAAAAUAAAAAAUAAUCCAUUCAAUGUAAAAUUAAAAUAAAAACUUUCCAUUCUACUUCAACAUUUCCAGAAUGCAAUCCAACUUUAUUCAAAUAUAUUUUGGCAAUCAGAAUCUCCUUGUCUCUUAGGUUUGUUAUUCAUAUCCAAAAAACAAAAAAUUCAAAUUGAUGGAGACCCUGUUAGUGAUUAUAAAGGCUACAUAUUCCUUCCAUUCUCCCGAGAAGCUAACUACUUUAAUCUUUCUGUUCUCAAAAUAACUUUAAUCAUUUUCAGGAUAAUAAUAAUAAUAAUAAAUUUUAUUUCUGAGUUGCCUAUCUGGCCAAAUCAACGGCCACUCUAGGCGAUGUACAAUUUCAUCAAUAAAAUAAAAUAAAAGUUUGUCUCCCACCUACUUCUGCAAAGCUUAUUUUCAAUGCUAAUUGGUACAGACAAGUUGAAAUGUUCAUAUGUUUAAAUAAACAUGCAAAUGAGUAUGCAAUCUCCUUCUGCACUGCAAGUAGGGUCAAUCCUCCUUUUCAAUCAAGCCUCAAACUGCAGUUCUGACAGUCCGUCUUACCCUGGAUUCUCCACUGAGAUGAUGAUGAUUUAAAUGUAUAUUCCCGCCCUUCCUCCUAGUAGGAGCCCAGGGCGGCAAACAAAAACAGUAAAUGCACUCUAAAACAUUUUAAAAGCAGACACUAAAACAUAUUAAAACAAAACAUAUUUUAAAACAUUUUUUUAAAAAAGCUUUAAAAACAUCUUCAAAAGCAAUAUGCUGGAGCAGUGGUGUACCUAGUGUAUUUGACACCCGGGGCGGAUCAUUUUUUAACACCCCCCUCCUCUAUAUGACAAAAUUAUUUCCAGUAAUAAUCAUGAAAUGAAAUGAAUAAUAAUAAUGGCCAGAAAAAACAUUACACCUCGCAGUACGCACUCUGUUUCACUGUUUUAAAUUUUAAA